AUGCCAUCUCGAUCCCUUCCCUCCCAAGUCUCAGUUCUUAUUGUUGGGGGUGGCCCCACCGGUCUUGCUCUUGCAUGUACUUUAAUCAACAAAGGAGUACCUUACUCUUCGGUUCUCAUUGUCGAUAAAGAGUCUGCCACUCAUCAAGAAACUCGCCGCUACCAGAGUCGUGCGACAGCAAUCCAUUCACGAACGCUAGAGUGUCUAGAAGAGGGCGUUGAUGAUAGUACUUCUCCAUCACCCACGAGACCUACUGAUGGCGAGCCUCUUGAUUUGUUACCUUUGGAUGAAACUAUCAAAUCUACCGUUCAGACGAUCCUUAAUCGAGCUAGGAUUGUUGAUACGUUGCGCAUCCGUGAACCGAAUCAAUCGAAAAUCAUAUUGGAAACCUCACUCAGUCUUCUCGAAUCGGAAACCAGAUAUCCAUUCAUAACUGUUCAUCCGCAGGGAAAUACCGAAACAGUCCUUGAAGCUCGUCUAAAUACUCUAGGAGGACAAUUACAACGCGAAUGGUCAUUUGAGAGCUUCACUACUGAUGACGAGACUAAAAUCGGAGCACCCGUCAAGGUGAAGCUAUUACAUAUUAGUGGAGAGUAUGCCGAGGUAGAGACUACCAUCCUGGUGGGCGCCGAUGGGGCUCGCUCCAAAGUCCGCACAGCUAGUCAAAUCGAAUUUCUUGGAUACUCUUAUCCUCAUACACUGGCUCUUGGGGAUGUCAAAUUUAAAUCACCAAAUUGGCCAUAUUUCAUGGAAGAAGGUUGGAAUGGUUAUGAAGGGUCUCAAUUCUGGGGUAGUAAUGGCUGGCUACUAUUCAUCCCACUUCCCGAUAAAUCUGUUCGUAUGGUUGCUGAUUUCCAACCUAUGAGUGAUUUGAAAACGGAGAAUAAACAUGGGGAGUAUCGAAAGGGUCCUACUCAAGCUGAACUUCAGGAAUUUGUGAACAAGCGUGGACCUAAGGUGAUGUCAGAUGAUGAACCCAACAAAAUCAUCGAGGUUAAGUGGUCUAGUACUUUCCAAAUCUCACAUCGGAUUGCUCCUUCUUUCAUUAAAGGUCCUGUAUGUUUGAUUGGAGAUUCUGCUCAUAUUCACGCUCCAGCAGGAGGGCAAGGAAUGAAUAUAGGAGUGCAAGACGCCGUGAGCCUUGGUAUAACUCUCAGCGAAUUUUUCCAUUCAUCAUCAACUAUAACAGAUGAAUCAACUUUAAUGCUUACUGACAAACUCAAUCAAUGGGCAUCAAAACGUCAUGAAUUCGCCACUCAAGUUCUUAAACUUUCAGAUAAAUUAUUUCGUACUAUUACUUCACGUAAUUGGUUUUUCAUUUGGAUUAGAAACCUGAUUUAUCCGAUUUUGGCAUGGUUUCCUAAGCUUAUUAAAAAACAACUUAAGCAGAUUGCUGGAUUGAAUUAUCGUUAG